CUCGUAGUUUCUCCGAGUCUACGAAAAACAAAAAUAGCUGCUUUGCUCCUCUGUUUUCAGCUUCUCCAUUUAUCAACAAUCCUUUUUUUUUUUUUUCCGAUUUAUCAUCUCUAGUUUCAAUCACUCUUUCGUUGUAAUUGAAAUGAAUAGUUAUUUGUAGAAUCAUUGAAUCCUUUUUUUUUUUGAAAAUUUUUAUCAGUUCUCUUCAUCGUUCUGUGAAAGAAUGCCGUCAAAGCGAAUAAAGUAAGGAGUUAAACACAAAAAAGGAAACAAAUAAGCCAAAAUGCGAACGCUUUGCGACGUUUGUGAGAGCGCCGCGGCGAUCAUUUUCUGUGCUGCCGACGAGGCCGCUCUUUGCCGUUCCUGUGACGAAAAGGUUCACAUGUGUAACAAGCUUGCAAGUAGACAUGUGAGAGUUGGGUUAGCUGACCCCAGUGAUGUCCCACGCUGUGAUAUAUGCGAAAAUGCACCUGCUUUCUUUUACUGUGAAGUAGAUGGCAGUUCCCUUUGCUUGCAAUGUGAUAUGAUUGUACAUGUUGGAGGUAAAAGGACCCAUGGGAGAUAUCUCUUGUUGAGGCAGAGAGUUGAGUUUCCAGGGGAUAAGCCUGCUCAUUUGGAGGAACUCGGGUUGCAACCGGUUGAUCCAAAUGAUUUUCCAGGGGAUAAGCCUGCUCAUUUGGAGGAACUCGGGUUGCAACCGGUUGAUCUGAAUGAUGUAAGGAAGGACCAAAAAUGGCAACCUAAUUUUGCAGGGAGAGAGAACCAGCAAAAUCAUAGACUCUCUCUUGUUCCGGCGCUUGACGGUAAUGGUGAUGGAGAUGGAAAGGUAGGUAAUAAGUUGAUUGAUCUAAAUACCAACCCCCAACGGCUGCAUGACCAGGCUUCAACGAUUCAGGAGCAAGCCAUGGAUGUUUCAAGUGACAAUAAUCAUGACUCUGCAAGUGUGGUCCCUGUUGGAUCCUUCAAAAGAGAGCCUGAUAAAUGAUCUAGAUAUUGGUGGACACAUGGUUUAAAGGCUCUCUGCUUCUUCUGUUACAUUCCUUGCCCCAUGAACAAGUAAAAAAAAAAAAAAGAGUCAACUUUUGGAGAGGAGCUUUACCAUGUAACGUAGUGAAGGUAUGUGACAUUUUACACUUUUAUAUACAGCCUUGAGAAUGCCAUUGGUUGCCAAAAGCUGAUAACUGAUAUAUAUGUAUAUAUAAAGAUUUUAUAUUUUAGGUAACACACCUUACGAAUGAAUCGAAUGUUGCCACUUAAUUAAAAAAAAAAGAGUUGUUUGCGUGUUUUCUUUUA